AACUCAACAAAACAAAUGUCCGAUUUCUUCACCCAUUUCGUAAGUUCUCCGAACGAUUAAUUCUUUAAUCAAGACUUAACGCCCCGUUCAAGUAUUAAAUUCAGUUGUAUUUGAAGCAAAAAAGCGGUUCAAAGGUUAAAAGUAAUGUAAAAAUGUUAGAUGUUAUGUUUAUUUAAUGAAUAUUCUGUGGAUUGCAAAUAAGUAGUAAUUGACUAGUACGAAAGGAAUCAAGUUUCAUAUUUUCUAAAUCGUAAAAUGGCAGUGAAUAAUAUCCACCUUUCACCAAUUGGCCAGUGGUUAAUCUAUCAAAUACGAUGUGUUUCUCGUUACGUUCGUGGGAGCACUAAAUGCUAACUUUGAAGGAUAGCUGUAGGAUGGUGAUAGCAAGAAAUAAGAAAUUAAAACCACAAAUGACGGCUACUGUAAAGAAUAUGGACUAUACAUGGACAGCUGGGUCAGAGGCCCCAACCAACAACCAGGAUGUGGGUGUCCCUCGGGCGGUUUUUAUUCCCCACACGAACUCGCUACCAUUUGAAGAAAGGCGAGUCACACUAGAGGAACCAGUAAAGAUCGGAAGAUAUGUGUAUCGUGGUUCACCUUGCCAGACAAAUACAAUAUUCGACUGUCGAGUACUCUCUCGUCACCAUGCGACACUCUACUACGAUAAAGGGCAUUUUUAUCUUGUGGACAAUCAGAGCAGUAAUGGAACGUACAUCAACAACAACAGAUGCUCAGUGGUUAAAGACCCGCAUGAGGUAUUUUCAGGAGAUGUGGUUCAAUUCGGUAUACCGGUGGUUGAAAAUACUGCUAACUCGGAGAAGAACACAUUUCCUCCGGUGGUAGCGAUGCUGAUGCUUUAUCACCCAGAUGGCACAGAGGCGAAGCUCCACCUCAAUGAAUUAUAUCAACUCAAUAAUUAUGUUCAAGAAGCAAUACAACGCGAAGCAUCACUCGAGAGUCGUCUGCGUACGUUACGCGAGUGCGUGGAACGUACACGGGCCGAAGCGCAGGCCGCUUGGGAGCUCUUCGUGGGUGAGCAGCGCCUGCUCAUGCGAGUGCAUACGCUUGAGUCGAUGCUCGCGGCAGGCAAACACCCCGAUACACAGCAUGUUGCUCAAUUGCUCACUGAUAAGAAGAACUAUCAGGAAGUGGCGUUAGAAAGUCUAAGAACAGCCCAUGAGCAGAGAUUAGCGCUGGAAGAAAGUCUCGAAAGGCGCAGUAGAGAAGCGGCCGCGCUGCAGAAACACAACUGCUCUUUGCGGUUGGCUGCUAAUAACGCACUUGCUGAAUUACAGAAACUCGCAGCCCGAUGUGAUCGCAAGAUGUGUGCAGCGCGACUCGCGAUAUCAACAGCUGAGGAAAGAGAAAACACGCUUCGGAAACGAUUGCCACUCAGCUAUUCCCUUCAAAACGGCGAAGCCAAAAUGCUAGUUCUGAGUACGGAUAGCAAUAAGCUUCAAGAUAAGCUGGCCAAUUCGCUGGAAGACGCCGUGCGAGCAUUACCGGAUUAUAUCAAGCUUCUACUACCACAUCCGCUUCUUAACAAGGUGGGCAUAAAGGUGAUAGCGGCGGAAUGCAAAGCCGGGAAAGACGUUGAUUUAAUAUUAAAGAAAAAUGAUUUUAACAAUACUGAAAAUAAUGAAAAACAGCAAGAGGAAGAAAGUGUGAGCUCUAGUGGAGAGAAAUCAUCAGAGUCCAAUUCUGGUAGUGAUGAAGAAAAGUCGCGGAUUAAUAAUGUAGAUAUAGACAAUGAGAAGGCAAAACUUUCAGAUGAUGAACCAGCUGAGCCGGUUGCUGACGACGGAGAGCUUCGGCCGGACAACAACGCAAACUCCACAUUCAGCGAUGGUGAUGGAAAGGAGGAGUCGCCCAGCAAAGCGGGAGUCGAGUACGCGAAUAUACUCCGCGUGAUGGGUGGCCUUAAUGAAGAGAUUAAGGCGCUGCGAGAUCGUCUAGCAGCGAGCACGGCGGAGAACGAACAAUUGCGGAACAUUCGAGAUGAUUUGCUCGCAACCACCGAAGCUGCUGACCCUCCGGAGACGCAUGACGCAGCUGCCUAUCGCGCUACGAUUGCUGAUCUGCAGGCUCAGCUUACACGUUCCAACGUAGCGGAGGAAGCGAAUCUCGCAGAAAUCAAGCGUUUGGCCUCAAACGCAGCUGAAAUGCAAGCGGAACUUGCCUUCCGUCCCACACGUUCCGACAUCGACGAUCUGACCGCAGUAGUGGGGAACCUCCAAGCCGAGGUCCUGGAAAAGGACAAUUUGAUGAAACAGCUACAGGACAAGACUACCCUCGAUAAAACAACCGAAACGUCGAGAUCUCUCGAAGAGUUGAGACCCGAAAUAGACACGAAACAAAUAUCCGCCGAUAUAGACGAACUGUUCAAGCUGGACUACGACGAUGACGACACAGAUUCAGUCGCCACAGAAAUCAGCAACGAAAAGAGUGUCACGAGCGAAUACGUGCGAAUCGACGACGAGCAACGCCUACAAGUUACGAUGCAGAAUGGCAGUUUGCACGCGCUAGAGGAAGAGCUAGUGAGAGCCAAAGAGAGAUGGGAGGAGAUAUCCGCGGAGAAGGCGAGGUUGGCCGCGCAAUUGGCCACCUUACAGAAUAAGCCGAUGCGUGUGGAUAUCACGCACCUGUUGGCGUUGACUGUGCCGAUAGUACUGGCGUGUGUGUUUUAUGCUCUGUUGCCCUACAUCUCCUGAUUGACGGCCACCUGGGAUCCACCCGGGUACGCUUAGCCCAAGACACUCGAUUGCUCAUUUUUUUCGGGAUUAAACCGAUCCCGUAUCAGAUUUAAUAGACACCAAUUGACCACGUCCAAAAUUGAUAAUCUUUAUAUAUAUAAUUAUUCUGUGAGUGUGUAUGUCACUGAACUUCUCUCGAACGACUGGACCGAUUUUGAUGAACUUUUUUGUGUGUUUUCAAGGGGAUCUGGGAAUGGUUUAGAUUCACAAAUCAGCCCGGCAGGUGGCGCUGCAGUCGGUACUUUCAUACUUUAAUAUCCUAAUAGCUUGAAAUAUCAUGCAGGACAACGUCUGUGGGGUCCACUAGUUUUCUAUAUAGGUCUAAUAAAACGUGGACUAGAGACCGUGGUGUGGUUUCAAUGUAAAGAAGGUAAUAGUAACAAUCAAGGUUUAGUCAACGUUUUAUAAUAAGGCAAUAACAAAUGAAUGUCUAGAAAACAAAUGAAGAUAGCAUUUGAAAAAAUAUAUUUUGAAAUGUUUUUUUUUUAAUUGUGGUCUAUUAUUUGAAUCCGAUAUCGGGAUUGGUGAUGAAAAGAAUUUCCGUGCCGAAGGCUCCCUUCGAAGGCUGAUUGAGUAUUUUGGAAGUGCCAUGUGACGUAUGAACGUUUCAAUGUAUAGUUUUUGUAUAAAUUUGUUGAUAUGCCAUAAUAACUGUAUAUUUGUUAAGGCCUAAAUUCGUUUGUAUUAAGGCUGGGGUAAUGUUACAAGGUUUCACUUAGAUGCAAUGCCUAUAAUUCUCAUAAUUUGCAUAUCAAAGACAUCUUGAAUUCUUAUUAAUUAAAUGCUUUAAACGUAUGCCACAAAUUCAACGGUAAUUCUUCUAGAAUUUGGACAAUUUACAUUGUGCAAGACAAGGUUUGACGUUUUGAAAUAUAUGUUCAAAUAAGAGCUUAUAAAAUUGUCUAUGCCACAUCAAAAGAGUUGGCUUUAUUUAAGUAUUUAUAUUUGCCUCUAAUUAUUCCUAGUAAAGUCAUAUCAGCCGGUCAAUCGACCCCUGAAUGAAAAAGAACUGAUUAGCAAAAUUGCCAGUUAUACGAAUAAACGAAAAUAUUUAAAUUUCGAACGACUCCUAAAUUUGAAAAUCGAUUGGAAUUAGCUUUGCUUUUUAGAUUUCGAAUGCCGACUUUAAAAAUACGAUUAAAAUUAGAUGAACAGCAGUGUUUUUUUAAAUUUCGAACAACGUCUAAUUUAAAAUAGAUGAAGGCUGGCAACAGUGCUUCUCAAAGUGUAAAAAUCAAAAGCUUUCUUAGUAUUGCUGUAUGUUACUUAACAAGCUGUUGUAAAUGCCCUUUUAAAUUUACGGACAAUUUUUCAUAAUUCGUAUAAUAGCGCUUGGAGUAUCAAACAACUUGUCUACUAGGAUAAAUAGAACUAAAUUAAGAUGUCCAUAGUGACAUAACAUAGGGUUUUGGUCUGUCAUUAAAAAUAAAUAAAAAAAUCUCAUUUACAUAUCACGAGGUGUGGGCAUUUAAAAUCUGUGGCGAGUUUUCGAUUUUUGCAUUUUCUAGUCUUAGGGUAAGAUAGUCGGGUCUUAGCGCUCAGAUUCCCAUAAGUCAAAAGCCAAAACAUUUUUGACAGCAGUACAAAGCGCUAAGUCUUGACUGAAUUUUACCAUAAAUGUCUUAUAUUUUAUACGUAUUCGAAUUUUAUUUCCCCAACCAUUGCACUAUUUUUUAGACAUUUAACAUAUAGAUUAUUUAGUUGCAAUACUCUUAGUUUAGAUUUUUUAUAUAUUUUCAUGCUUCGAUGAUUUAAGUUAAUAUGGGAAGAGUAUUGACUAUUAUUUAGUGAACAAACCUAACUUACCAAAAAAUAUGAAAGUGAGGGUUAUUUUGCUUAGAAAGGUAAGUGUUAAUACUUUUCCUGAAUGAUUCGUCAUCAAAUGGAAAUAGCGAUUGGUAUUGCAUCGUUUUGAAUAUGUUUUGAAUGAUGUAAAGUGCGUUUGAUCUCGCUAGAGGUCGCACGUUUCGUGAUGUCAACGCCAAUAGAGUUCAAUUCGUAAAUAUAGUUAGGGAUAUUAUGUACCACGUUGAAAAACUAUCAUUUAAUUUAUUUUAAUUGUUGCACGUAUUGUUAUGUUCGAUGUUUUAUUUUGCGUUUCACUUUGUAUAUAGUUAGUAACCCUUAAUUUCGGAGUAUAUUUAAAAAGAAUAAUAUCGCAUUCAAUGUGGAUGUACUGAAAAUUUAUUGGAAAUAAUAUUGAUUUGUUUAA